AUGUGCCGCCUCUGCGGCCGCGUGGUCAAAUGCAUCUUUGAUUCGAUGCCCUCGAGGGUGCCCUCGUCGUCGUCGGUGCCGAGACUCAGCAACAGCAGCAGAUCUCUACACCAUCCUCCCCAGACACGAUCCCACCACCACCACCGCCACGUCUCGUCACGCACCCUCGUCCAGAGCGCCCUGAACAUCCCUACCAAGCCCCUCGGUGUUGCAGCUGUAGGUGUACCGCCGCCGUCAUUUCUCCUCCCGUUCCGCGCACGCCUGCACCAGGCCCGCACCCUACAGUCGGCCACGACACCCGUGUCGCAGUUUCAGAAUACGCCGCCCGAGACCAUCAUCCCUCCCCCCAGCUACCCUCCGGGGGACAGGACGACGAACCCACAGACACCGUCCCCUUCCUCCUCCCCACUGGCGGCGGCUGCUGCUGCUGCUACAGAUACAGUUCCCACGACGACGAUAACAUCGGUACCACCGCCCCUCGCCCGUCCGCUGGUGCUCUCGCGCUCGCUGCAGACGCUGCUCCCGAAGCUACACGCCCAGACGCCGCACUACGUAGUGGCGCACGUGCACCGGUUCCCGUACCUGGUCACGGCGGGCGACGUGGUGCGGCUGCCGUUCCACAUGAAGGGCGUGGCGCCGGGGGACGUGCUACGGCUCAACCGGGCCAGCGUGCUCGGGUCGCGCGACUACACGCUGAAAGCCGGCACGGCGGCCCGGCUGUUCGAGUGCCGCGUGCGCGUGCUCGGCGUCGAGACCCAGCCCAUGACCCUCACCGAGAAGAAGAAGCGCCGCAACCGCCACCGUAAGAUCGUCCGCAGCAAGCACCGCUACACCCUGUGCCGCGUCAUGCAGGUCCGCGUCAAGUCGCUCGACGAGCUGCUCCGCGCCGAGAAGGGGGCCGUGCUCCUGGAGGGCGGGUCACAGGAGGAGAAUUAG